UGGGGGACAGCACUGUUGUCUGCCUCUCAACUAGUACGCAUCUAUUCAGUUUCUCCUCCUUGCUUGGAUUCUUCACUUCAUCUGGAUAAUAUUUUGUGGUUUGCCAUGUGGAGCGUUUGGGAUUCUUACUCGGGAAGAGCACUGAUGUCAUCACCGAUGCUUUAAAUUAGUCUGCAAUCCACAUUUGUAUUGAUAUUUAAGGCUUUCACCCCACCCAACACUACUUAUGCACAAACAUUGCAUAAUCAACUAAGAAAUGCUCUUGUCCGUUCACCAUGAUAUUGGAGCUUUUUUCUCCUCCCGGAUCAAGAUUGUAACGACAAACGGAAAGAGGCGUGAGAGCGUUUAAGAUGUUUGUGAAAGGUGACCAAGGGAUGCUACUGGCGCUCAGCUGGAUGUUUGUGGUCGUGACACGGGGCCGUGCAGUUUCCAGAUGUGCAGACCAUGCCUGCAGUCCGCCCAUUAGGAACCUGGCUACAGGCAGAACCCUCACCACCCUCUCAGGCAGCUGUGGGAACAACACCAUCCCAUGCCCCCACCCACCUAGUCACAUGACUGAUGACCCUUUCUUGCAUCCAAAUACCUGGUGGGAAUCCAGAGCAAGCACCAUUGUACAAGGGGGACAUGAUGAGAUCCAUCUGGACCUGGAAACACAGUUCUGUCUGUCCCAUGUGGUUGUGUUGUUCCGCUCACCACGGCCUGCUGUCAUGGCCAUUGAACGAUCUACUGACUUUGGCAAAUCCUGGGAUGUUCUUAAGGUGUUUGCACACAACUGUAGCAUGGAGUUUGGUUUGCCCGAUGAUUUUAAUCAGCCUGGCUCUUUGUGUACGUCCCGUUACAGCAGUGCAGAACCCUGCAGCGGCGGGGAGGUGAUAAUACGGACACUGGACCCCAGCAGUGAUAGAAUUCUGGACCCCUACAGUCCAGAGGCUCUUGUCCAUCUGACCCUCACCAACCUCCGAAUUAAACUGCUGAAAGCUCAGACGUGUCCUCCCCUCCGGCAACCCUCAAAGGACAAACCAGAGCCCACAUUUCCUUCACUAACACCCACAGAAACCCUAGCCUCAGGACCCUAUGCCGUUUAUAAUUUUCUGGCCCAAGGGACUUGUCUGUGUCAUGGGCAUGCUGAGUUUUGUAUUCCACUCCACAGCAGCCAGGACACGCAGCAGGACAGUAACAUGGUGUCUGGUCGAUGUGUGUGUACUCACCACACAGCUGGAUACCACUGUGAGAAGUGUGCAUCGCUCUACAAUGACCGUCCGUGGAGGCCCGCUAACGGCAGCAGCAGAGAUGCAAAUCCAUGCCAGAAGUGCGAGUGUCACGGUCACGCAGAUAGCUGUUACUUCUCCCAGCGAGUGUGGCUCUCCACCGGGGGCAUCAGCGGCGGCGUGUGCCAUAACUGCAGACACAACACCUACGGCCGCAGGUGCCAACGGUGCCGUCGAGGCUACCGCCGUCACCCGACUCUGCCCAUCCACUCUCCACACACUUGCCAACGCUGCUGGUGUGACCCUCAGGGCUCCUCACCUCCAAGUGCUGGAGAGGAGGGCCAUUGGUGCCACCCUCGCAGUGGGCAGUGCAAGUGUAAAUCUGGCGUUGGAGGUACAAGCUGCACCCACUGUCUGCCUGGCUACUGGAGCUUUGGAGAUGAAGGGUGCAGAGCCUGUGCUUGCCCUCACAACUGUAAUCCCACCACUGGGCAGUGUCUACACAGCAACUCAAAUAAUCAGGUGUUCAACAUACCAAUCGGUGGAAGAAUCCCUUCUUUGGAUGCUCAUUUCUUCAUGGAUGAAGAGGAGGCACACUGGCCAAAAGAGCAGGCCGUAUCUGCACUGCACUCCACAGGGAAGUGUAUCUGUAAGGAAAAAAAGCUGAGAAGUAGGUCUGACCUCUGCAAGAUCAAACACGACUAUGUGAUGAAGGCGAGUGUGGUGUCAGCUCACGACAAAGGCAGCCAUGCAGAAGUGCAGGUCAAAGUACGCAAGGUCCUACGAUCAGGUUUGGUGGCACUGAGUUUGGGAACAGUCAGCAUCUUUCCUGUGUCCUGGACCAGCCGCGGGUGCACUUGUCCAAUCCUAAACCCAGGUAUGGAGUACCUGCUUGCAGGCCCAGAAGAGGCUGCCACAGGCCGUUUGCUGGUCACCUUGCAGAGUGCAGUAGUCCCCUGGACACCCAGACUGGGGCUUCUCAUAACAGAAGGCCUGAGAAGUGGAUGCUCAUGAUUGACAGGCAGGAUUUCAAAAGGAAGAGACUCAAAAGACUGGACAGGAGCUAAAUCACCAGCACUCGAGGUCAAUAAACUGGAAAAUAGCAAAGCAGACAUGAAAGAAUGAAAUAAAUUGAAUAUUUGUGUGGCUGCACAAGUCUAUCAAUACAUUCACAGAAUGGCAGUGACCCAUUGGGAGGUUGAGAGCAGGCAAAGCGAGGGAAGGGGAACAACACUGAACUUAAGAGACAAAAGAAAGCAGGAGUUACAACUGUUUCACCACCUCAGUUUAAUUCUUUAGAAAUGACUGCCCAGCCAACAGGGUUGUUCAAUGAGCAGCAGACAAAGACGAUGGUCCUGAUUGUUUCCCAUGGCCAACUCUUCUUUAGCAUCAUGGAGCGCAAGACCUAUAAAAAGUCUAUUUGCGUGUACUUCUGAUUUGGGUGUUCAUCUGAGUCAAUCAUUCGGUAGGUAGUACUUGCACGAGCACGCAGAUCAGCUAUGAUAAUACACAUUAUUCUUGUGGAAAUAACUAUUUAACAUUGUCAUUAAAUAUAAUAAUAUAGUUCCACAUACCAUACCAGGGAUACUUUUAAUUGUUCGGUUACUGGGGAUCACAAAAAGGGCUAGCUCUUUUUAGUAUGUUCACACCACAUGGCCAAUACUGUAUAAACUUAAACUGAACAAACCUUUAUGUAUGACAAAUACAAGCAUAAAGUAUUUGUACUUUCCAUAAAUGACAUGUAAGGAAA